UUUCAUUAUUAUUAAACAAUUCCGCAACGGAAUCGUCCUUAUCAAAUGAUAACGUUUAAAAAGAAACAAGCUGAGUCUUGCCUGAGUACUUCAACUGCACAUUUCAGCUUAAAGCGUUUGUAUGUUGGGCGCGCCCUUGUCCUCAAAUUAAAGAACGCUGCGACUAUCAGCUGAUGUUGAGGGCGUUUAUGCGCAGAGGACGCUGAGGACGCUGAGUGCUGGAGACGCAUGUUUGGUUUCAAUAGAACUUAAGCGCGUCCAAAAAACGGCGUUGUGGAAACGGCACGGACUCCUAAUCUAUCAACUUCUCAGUUACACUGUUCAUGCCUCUCAGAGAAAACACCAUGUUAGGCCUACUCUUCAGUGUGCUUGUCAGUUUUUCUCUAACAUCUAUUGUUUUAACACAGCCUGACACGGGCUCCUUGUAUAUUGCUGCUGUGUAUGAGCACAACUUAAUUCUGAACCCGGAGCCUCGUGUCCAACUGUCCCGAGAUGCUGCCCUUGGGCACUUGCAGAAAAACUUGGAUAUCUAUGAAGAGCAGGCUGCGCGAGCUGCUCAGCAGGGUGCCCAGAUCCUGGUUUUCCCAGAAGUUGGUCUCCAGGGGUUCUACUACAGCCGUUCAUCUGUCUCAGGUUACCUUGAAACAAUUCCUGACCCCAAACAAGAGAGCUGGAACCCCUGCACAGAGCCCCAGAAAUACGUCAACACUGAGGUUCUCCAGCAGUUGAGCUGUAUGGCUCGUCAUAAUAACCUCUACAUUGUGGCCAAUAUGGGUGACCGGCAGCCCUGCCCUCCGACUACUGAUCCCACCUCCUCCUGUCCCUCUGAUGGACACUGGCAGUUCAACACUAAUGUGGUUUUCAGGUCAGAUGGCCUGCUGGUGGCUCGCUACCAUAAAUACAACCUUUUCCACGAGGAGUCUUAUGACACUCCACCACAGCCUGAGAUCAUUACAUUUGACACACCUUUUGCUGGGAGGUUUGGCCUGUUGAUCUGCUUUGACAUCCUCUUCCGCAAGCCCACAAUUAACCUGGUGGAGAAGGGGGUACGUCAGCUGAUCUUCCCUACAGCCUGGAUGAAUGUGCUCCCCCUACUGGACUCUGUCCAGUUCCAUCGAGCGUUCAGCUUGGGUGCCAAUGUCACUCUGCUAUCAGCCAACCUCCGCCAUGAUAAACUUAACAUGAGAGGAAGUGGUAUCUACACCCCUUUUUCUGCCACCUACCACCAUGCACAGAGAGGAGACCCAGAGGAGGGCAGGCUUCUGGUGGCCAGGGUGCCAGUCUUAGACCCAGAGUGGAGGGCCACAGGGGAAGGGAUGUCCACGUCAUCUGCAGCUGCAGACUCUGGAUUCUGUGACAGUGAGAGCUGCUCUAAUGCAUCUUCAGUCCCUCCAUCAUCUGACACUUUCACUUCAUCCAUGAUGUACGACCCCUUUACAUUUGUCCUCUUAAGCGAGACAGAGGGCAGAGUUAAAGUGUGUGAUGGCACCUUUUGCUGUCACCUGCAGUACCAGCGGUAUCUACAGGACGGCAGUGAGGAGCUGUAUGCACUGGGAGCAUUUUCUGGGAUGCACACUAAUGGACGCUACGCCCUGCAGGUGUGUGCACUCGUCCGUUGUGCAGGGUUGGACCCAAGCUCCUGUGGACAGAAGGUGGAAGAGGCUGAGUCAAAAAUUGACUUCUUCUUAGAGGGGAAGUUUGGAACCAGAUACGUGUACCCAUCAGUUUUGGCUAGCAGGAUGGUUCUGGAGGAUCCAAAGCAUUUUGAAAAAGCUGCAGAUGGAAGAGUGACCAUGAAACACUCAGACAUGACUGCUGGGCUGAUCACUGCCUGUCUGUAUGGACGGAUGUAUCACCUGGACAAUGAAUGAACUGCUUUGGAAUCGUGUGUGUCUCAACUGUAUUCAAAUGUGUAUGGCUUGAACAUUAAAACUCUGCUCUACAUUUGUUAGUUUGUUUCAAACACACCUUGCAUUAAAAAAAAUGCAUCAAACAUGUUA